AUGCAGCGAUGUAAAGCCUGGGCGUAACAACUAGUCGGUGAACAGCAUUAUUUUCUCUGUUGGUUUUCAUUUCACGUUUGAAAACGAAACUUGCUAGAGGCAAACAAAGACACAAACAUACAGCACCACUGUGAUCACAGGGGGAAUGCGUCAUCAGCAUUGAGCAUAUUCUGGGAUUUUGGGCUUGGCCAAACUCUUCCUUUUGACAGACGGCCUUGAGUGUUCUGCGCAGCCCACAAAGGAAAAAUUUGUUAUCUGUCCAGUCUUGUGCCGCAUUUGUCCGUAAAUGGACUCUUCGGAUAUUUUCUCUUCGCCCGUCACCUGGGUAGUAUCAGUUAUCUCCCUUCUCUAUAUUUUACUUAGAUAUGCCAUGUCCACUUUUAAUUACUUUUCCGACCAAGGAAUCCCUGGUCCCAAACCAAUUCCCAUCUUUGGCAAUAUGUGGGGCACCUGGAAAAUGAACCUUCCUGCGUACGAUUUGGCGUUAGUGAAAAAAUAUGGAAAGGUUUUCGGUUAUUUUGAUGGCCCGAUUCCAAACCUUUGGAUCACAGAUGUAGAAAUGAUAAAGGCCAUGUACGUCAAAGAUUUUGAUCAUUUUAUCGAUCGUAGGUCUUUUCAAAUGAGAACCAAAAUCAUACGCAAGUGGUUGAGUGUGAUGAAGGGACAAGAGUGGAAGGACAUUCGCUCGUCCGUUACGCCAGCCUUUACUACCGGAAAAAUCAAGAGAAUGUCAACGUUGAUCAAAGAUUGCGUUGACAAUUUGUGUGAUCGUGUCGCAAUUUUAACCGAGAAUGAUGGGAAAAUUGACGCCAAGAUGACAUUUAGUGCUUUCACCAUGGACGUUAUUGCAAGAUGUGCGUUUGGAUUGAAACUUGACACGCUCGGAAGCAAAGACGAUCCUUUUAUUAAUAACGCUAAAUUCGUUUUCAAUCAAUCAACUAACAAAACUCCAGCUGUUCUUCUCCCAUUUAUGUACCCCAAGUUGUUUUCUGCGCUUGGAUCUUUUGCCGAGCGUUUGUUUGUCACCAAACAAUUGAAAUUCUUUUUCAAGUUAUUAGAAAAUGUGCUGAAGGAACGAUCCCAGUCAAACGAGAAAUUCAAUGACUUUAUUGAAUUGGCUGAUGAAGCAAUUUCAGAAUUCACGAAAGAAGUCGAUGGCAAAACCGUGCCCAUGUGGACUCGCGAAGCUAUAGAUGAGAUCGUUAUGGGACAGUCGACACUCUUCAUGCUGGCCGGAUUCGACACAACAGCCACAACUUUGACUAGCACCUGCUUUCAACUGGCCAGAAAUCCCGAUGUUCAGGAAAAGUUGUUCCAAAGCAUCGUUGCGAAAAUGAAAGACUAUGAUGAAGUUUCCCAUGAAAUGGUCCAAGACGUUCCCUAUCUGGAAAUGGUUAUUCAAGAAGUAUUACGCUUUUAUCCGCCCCUUAUCCGAAUUGAGCGGCAGUGCACGAAGGAUUACUCCUACGACAACGGCCGAAUUAAAAUAAAAAAAGAUCAAAUUAUUACCGUCCCAACUUAUGCACUUCAUCAUUCGGAAGAAUACUACCCCGAUCCAGAAAAAUUCGAUCCUGAAAGAUGGAGUCCAGAAAACAAAGCCAAUCGGAGUCCUUAUGCUUACAUGGCGUUUGGCACAGGUCCACGCAACUGCGUCGGAAUGCGUUUCGCCAUGGAAGAGAUGAAAAUGGCUCUUUGUUCUUUGGUUCAGAAAUUCCGCUUUUUUCCAGUCGAAGAGACACCGGUUAAGCUUCAGUUUGACGACGGGUUUGUACAAAUUCUGCAGCCAAUUCAUGCAGUGGUGGGCCUUGAAUUUCGUUAAUGAAAUUCCAAUUAACUAGUUAAUUAAUUUUCGAUUUUUUAAAAAUUUAAUGAUUUGAUUCACUUCCAAAUCUCGCUGUAGUUCAAAAUUUUCCUGCAAAUUAGUUAUUUUAAAAAGGCACGAGAUGUGGCACUAACAUGACAUUCAUAUUGUUGUCAGACUGUACACGUUUUCUGUUUUUGUCAAUAUAUGGCAGAGAACGUAA